AGCAACUAUCAAACUGUCUUUCAUUCGCAACAUUUCUGAGCCGACCCACAUUGUCUUGUCCGAGAUGCCCAUCUUUCGCGGUAUAGAGGUGUCCGUUGUUGCCAGCACUGGGGCCAAGAACCUUCCCGAGUAUCCUCAUCCAGAUGGGUCGUCAGUACGCCUUGUAUCGCCAGACACUCUGCGCUGUCAAGAUGCACUGAGCCCGCGGCGUUCGGAAGAUGCUUCUGUCGUAUCUGAUGGAGAUCCAACGCGCCAGAAAAAGGUCCAUCCGCGUAUCUCAGUUUACAUUCCUUCACUGCCAGGUAGGCUCAUGGUCACUGCCUAGCACGCCUUCACUUGGGCUAAGCAACAUUCCAGGUGAGCAAUUCUGGUUACGGUACGACAUCAUUCGAACUCCACCUCUAGCAACACAUCUCUACUUCAAAAUGUACAUGAACGGAGCGGCCAUCACCUCGUGGGGCUUGCCUGUACACGCGGAGAAAAACGACCGAGCCCAACGUUCCACUGGCGGCACCGUCGUCAGAGCUUUGUACGAACCAGGCGAAAUUUGGCAUCAUAUGAGCACAGAUGUGGAGGGAAGGUCGGUUGGUAUCGAGAUGAGACACUUCCACUUCAUGCCUGGCUCGGACAAGAAAUCCGUCGCUGAAGAUGGAGGACUCAUCGAGAUACUAGUUUUCCGGUCUCAAGGACGCAGACGACGUGCGCCUAAGAUGUUCGGGUUUCGCAGCCAGGAGAAAUACGGAAUAGCGUCCCCAACCGGAGGCCUAGUGGAAGAUCCUCAAGAUGCAACAUUCUACGACUGGCUCCUCAUUGAUCCAAAGGACGCCCCAUUCGCUUCCUUUCGCUUUCACUACAGGUCCAUGAAACAUCUACUGCAACUCAACCUAGUUCCCCAGUCCGAAUCGAGGCCGCAACUCCCGAAAACGGAUGCCAAGUACGCCAUCGACCAAGUAACACCUGUCAGUGCUAACAAGACAUCUAACUCAAGGUCUCCAGUGACUCCAAACUUCUCCUUCGAAGUUAAACCUUUGCUUGCAAACAUCUGCCAUGAUUCCAGAGACCGAGGCCUGGGUGGGACUUUCGAGCACAGAGAAGAGGAGAGGUACUUCAUGGAUAGUUCAUUGGAACCCUUCCCUUCUAUUGCAGCUGAUCAGCACAUGCACCAGCCGGCUAAGAUUUCCAAAGAUCCAACACCACAGAAGAUCCUCCAUCGUCCACUACCUGAGCCACCGCGACCGAGAUCACGGCAUACGUCUCAGUCUUCUGUGCGUUCCACUUGCCCAUCUCUCACCCCUUCUCUUGUUAAUUAUGUCGAGAAUGGAGAAUUGGGAGAUGAGGACAUCAAAAUUGGCACGGCUCAUACUGUCUUGUGUUCUGUACCGUCCAUGGUGGAAUUGCCCUGUCGAGUUUCAGAUGUGGGAGAAGGUAACUCUUUUUCAGAUUAUGAGCGUUCGCCUCCUUCAUCAGUUACGUCGCUAUCACAAUAUCUUCCGUCACCAGAAAGAUAUCUGUCUACUACUGGAAGUGUUCUUGAGCACCAAAUUGCACAGUUCACCUCUCCGCCCAUUCUGCAGCCUUCUCCACGCAGGAUACGCUCUCGAAUCCCAACUUCAGUAUCGGAGAUGACUCUUUUCGGUGGAGGUGCGCUAUCAUCGCCAGGGACGCUCAGCCUGAGUGAGUCGGAGUGGAUGAGACGAACACCAUCGCCGGUACAACGAAAGCCCUUCAGCCGACUUUGGAGUCCUAGAUUAGGGAAAAAGCUUGGCAACUUGGUUUCGCAGGACCACAGGCGCAGAAGCCGUUACAGCGACAUUGGCCCUUACCCCUCGAACGAAAGCUUGGGUGGUGUAGGACGAGAACCGGGUCAUUCUCCAACUAUCAAAACUACUGCAUUCCUUGCUCAAGACGCUUCUGACGACGCAAUUACACCACGUGCCGCUCAAUUUCCGGAUCAUGUUCGUGGUGAAGUCAACUCCGAGGGCCGUGACGAGGUUGAAGCGAUUGAGAAACCGAUCGGCAAUUGGAUUUGAGUUAUACAACUAGGGCAGAAGUCGCCAAGUUGGUUUUGUCGUUGUUUAAUUAUGCCAUCAUUCGAGACUAUGCCACCAGCGUACCACAGACGGAAAUGGUUCAUGAGAAUGGGGAAAAAUCGAUGGCUAGCGACUGCAGAAACACCAUAAUAUGUAUACAUGUGCGAACGCAUUUGUCAUAGGCUAUUAGUACUUGCAUCCAUAGCAAUAGGUCCUAUUUCUGGUAGUGCCUCCCAUUUGUCCGAGACUUCGUGAUGAACACGCACCCUUGUUUGCAUGUGUCCGGGCUCGAGAUUUGAACCGCAAUAGUAGCCACUAUAGAUGUUGCAUAGUGGUGCUUCUCUAGUGUCGUCGUGUCGAUGCAACACUGAGUGAAGUGGACCCACCCAAGCUCUAUUGAUAGGAUGCAUGACCUCAACU